ACAAUACUGGUAUUGCAAGAUUGUGGGUGGAUGGAAGACAAACCGCUCAAUCUAAUAUCGGAAGAGUCCACCUUUCCACUCAGAACGAAGUCCGGAUGGGUGUGAAAGACGGGGAUAUUCGGUACUUCCAAGGAAGAAUUGCUGCUAUGCAACUUUAUAACGUGGCUUUAACUGCAGAGCAGAUAAAUGUAGUGAAAAAGGUUGGCUUAGCUGAUGCUUGCGAUGAAUUGAAACCCUGCAAGAAUGGGGCCACAUGCAGCACAUCUGGUGAUGGCUAUACAUGCUCCUGUGUUCAGGGAUUCCGAGGAACCAACUGUGAACACGAUAUUGAUGAAUGUCAGACCUCAAACCCAUGCCAAAAUGGCGGACAGUGCGAGAACACACAUGGAAGCUAUGAAUGCAAAUGCAAAUCUGGAUUUACAGGAAGAAACUGCGAUACGGAUAUCAAUGAAUGCCAAAUCUCAAAUCCAUGCAAAAAUGGCGGACAAUGUGAGAACACACAUGGAAGCUAUGAAUGCAAAUGCACGCCUGGAUUUACCGGACGAAACUGCGAAACAGAUAUUGAUGAAUGCCAAACCUCAAAGCCAUGCCAAAAUGGCGGACAGUGCGAGAACACACAUGGAAGCUAUAAAUGCAUAUGCAAACCUGGAUUUACGGGAAAAAAUUGCGAAACAGGGGAAAGACGGCGACAGGAUUUGGUACAGUUACUGGUACACUUUCAGCUGAAAGCAAUCAGUGUACCAAAUCCUGUGGCCGUCUAUCCUCUAAACAGCAAGUAUCUAUCAAGAGAAAUUAAAGAUCGACUGCCCCCGGGUAUCCUCAGCCAUGUGUCUUUGGCGCCUGGAAUCGAUGGAAAGGAAGGCGGCUCCUACAAAUUCGCAGGAAAUAUCGGCAGUUACAUUGAGUUUCCGAAUAAUGGAAGAUUAGACGUAAAGCACUCCAUUACGAUUUUAUGUUGGGUGUAUCCUCUGACUGAUGUUUGCGCAGACAAAAAGCCCUGUCAGAAUGGGGGUGAAUGUAGCAGCUCUGGUGACAGCUACACCUGUUCUUGUGUCGAAGGGUUCCAGGGAAAAAAUUGCGAGACUGAUAUCAACGAAUGUAUAACUUUACAUCCAUGCCAAAAUGGCGGACAGUGCACAAACACACAAGGCGGCUACGAAUGCAAAUGCAAACCUGGGUUUACAGGAAAAAAUUGUGAAAAAGAUGAGGACGAUUGUUUAAAUGCUGUGUGUUACAGUGGAGGAAAGUGUAUCAACGGAAUCAACAACUACACGUGUGACUGCAAGGAAUGAUUCAUUGGAGAACAGUGUGAGUGGGAAAAGCAAGGAUGCUUUAAAGAAGUCAAAAAGAAAAACAAGGCCAUGGGUAAAGUUCUUGGAAAAUUCAGAAAGUACAAGAAGAAUAUCAAAGGUGCUGUGGAGGCUUGUAUGAAAGCAGCUAAGGGGAAAAAACUGGAGAUCUUUGGGGUUCGUGGGAAAUUCAGCUGUGCGACAACCAAAGGCAAUGCUGAUUACAAUGUGCAUGGUGCAUCACCCAAAGGGUGCAAAGAAGAAGGAGAUCACGGAGUCGGAACCACAGGUGGUCCUCUCUUCCAGUACAGCGGUACCGAUAACUGGGGUGUUCACAUGUGGAUGGCGGAGGGAAGGUUGUUUGCUUUGUUCUCACGCAGGAACUACAAAUCCACAUUGUAUCUGUUUUACGAUGCUUUGGCUUUGGCUUUUAAUCAGUGGCAUUACGUGGGAUGCUCGUAUGACUUCAUUUCCGGUGAGGCAAAUUUAUGGUUAAAUGGAGAAUCGGUGGUAAAGAUGAAUAUUGGAAAAGAGAUUGAACUUGCCACUCAAGAUGAAGUCCGAAUUGGUGCUGUCAACAUGGAUGAGCGAUACUUUCAGGGAAGAAUCACGGCCGCACAAGUUUAUGACGUGGCCCUGAACGCUGAGCAAAUAAAAGCCGUGGAAGGCGUUGGUCAAGACGCUGAUGUUUGUGCAGACAAAAAGCCCUGUCAGAAUGGAGGAGAAUGCAGAAGCUCUGGUGACAGCUACACCUGUUCUUGUCUUGAAGGAUUCCAGGGAAAAAAUUGCGAAAAUGAUAUCAACGAAUGUAUAACUUUACAUCCCUGCCAAAAUGGUGGACAGUGCAUAAACACACAAGGCGGCUACGAAUAUGAGGACGAUUGUUUAACUGCUGUGUGUCACAAUGGAAGAAUGGGUAUCGACAGAAUCGACAGCUACACUGCAAGGAAGGAUUCAUUGGAGAACAAUAUCAAUGAAUGCCAAACCUCAAAUCCAUGCAAAAAUAGCGGACUAUGCGAAAACACACAUGGAAGCUAUGAAUGCAAAUGCACGCUUGGAUUUACAGGAAGAAAUUGCGAAACAGAUAUUGAUGAAUGCCAGACCUCAAACCCAUGCCAAAAUGGCGGACAGUGCGAGAACACACAUGGAAGCUAUGAAUGCAAAUGCAAACCUGGAUUUACGGGAAAAAAUUGCGAAACAGAUAUCGACGAAUGUUUGGAUGCAAAGGUGCCGUGUGCUGAUGGAGGAACAUGUGUCGACGGAAUCAACAGCUACACGUGCGACUGUACGGAUGGAUACGUUGGAAAAUAUUGCGAAUGGGAAAAGCAGGGAUGUUUUAAGGAGGUGAAAAAGAAAAGUAAAAAGGCCAUGAGAACCACGUUUGCAAUAUUCAAAAAGUACAAGAACAAUAUCCAAGGUGCGGUCGAGGCUUGUAUGAAAGCAGCUGAGGACAAAAAACUGGAGAUCUUUGGGGUUCGUGGGAGAUACAAGUGUGUGACAACCAAAGGCAAUGCUGAUUACAAGGUGCAUGGUGCAUCACCCAAAGGGUGCAAAGCGGACGGAGAUUACGGAGUUGGAGUAAAGAGCGCAAACUAUGUCUACAUUUUGACCAAAUAGCUGUAACAUGGAACUCGAUAAAACCUGGCGUAUCUGUUGGUAAGAUGUCGUUUGAUCAGUUCGAGGAACAUGAAAGCAAAGUAACUGGAACUAGAGGAAUGCCCCUGCUAAACAUGAUAUUCAGUCCUAUUCAUAUACUGAUAGCCAAAGAGAAUUAAUAAAGUGAUU